AAAAAAGAAAAUGGCCGAUCAGAUUAUAACCUAACAAAAAUGGCACUUGUAGUAUAAUAAUAACAAUAAAUCUGUUUAAAACAGGCUUUAAAAUGAGUGUAUUUAUUAAGCAUUACAAGCCUAACAACCUUGUAACUGUAUUUAACGCGAAAAUAUGGCGGUCGAGUUCCACUGCAGCCGAUGUAACCUUAAAAAAGGAUGAAGAUGAGGAAGAGUUUAGGGUUCUAGAUAUUAUGCGGAAAACGCAGAGACAACAACGUAAAGUUGUCCGGAGAGCCGAUGUGCAGCCUGACAGAGGAGACAGGAUGGCAACAGACCAGAACUGGGGUAACGUUUGGCCAGGUCCGAAAACCUUUCAUCCUUCGUCAGUGCCUCUGCCGCUUCGACAAGGUUACGUACCCAAAGGCAUGGCCCCACCUGGCAAGAAGGCUAACGCUGAACUUAUGAAGAUACCCAACUUCCUUCACUUGACUCCACCGGUCAUCAAAGCGCAGUGUGAGGCCAUCAAAAGCUUCUGUAGCGAAUGGCCAAAACAACUAAACUCCGAAGAAGCUAUCGAAAAGCACUAUCCUCAAGAGAUUAUAAGUUCAGAUUACUGCCACGCCAGUCCAUCUAUCCGUAACCCGUUGGCUAGGAUAGUCACUCUAAGAAUAAAGCUGUCUUCGUUAAACUUAGAUAAGCAUGCUCGGGACAAAUUUCUUCGUCUAGUCGGAGAUCGCUACGAUGACAAGACAGAUCUAGUCACAAUCACUGCUGACCGGUGCCCACUCCGCAAACAGAACCUGGAUUACGUAAAUUAUCUUUUAACAGCCCUUUAUCAUGAGUCUUGGAACGUCGAAGAUUGGGAGAAGACUAAAACCGAGUCUGAUAUGGAAUAUUAUGAUUUUAACUUAAAUAAAUCUAAGAAGAAUUUGAUUAAUUGGUAUUUAAGAUCAAACAAUGAGGAGGUUAAUUUAUCGGAAGAUGAUUAUAACAAUUACGAUGUUGCAAAGAUCCCGAACAGUCCUGGAUAUGUUGAGGCGUUGUCAAACUUGAUGAACGCGGGUGAAAGUGAAGCCACAUUGAAACAGUAUGGAUCGUCAGUCCGGAAACUUUUGGGGCUGCCAGAGAAAGUGUAGAAUUUGUACAAAUAAAUGGUAAUUUAGUGAU